GUUGUUGACGAGAUUUUGUGUGUUCUGCAGGCUAAAAUAAAUGAAACUUUUGAUGGUGUGGAGGAAGGAUAUGAAAGUUCAAGGGAUGAAGUCUCGUCAGUUUCCUCCUAUAAUCCCAUGAAAGAUAAUAUACACCAAACAUUUGGAAGUUCAUUAUCCUUGCAGUCUUCCUUAGCAAGGUCUUCAAGCAAAGAUCUUCCACAUCUUGAAGGACGGUCGAGCAUAUCUUCACAACUGGCACUUCCACAGAUAGCUGUGGCUGAUGUCUUGUAUGAUUCUAAUGGGGCAGAUGUUUUGUCCCCUAGCAAGUCUUCUGCUAUUGUCUCUCCAAGUCAACAGCUGAAAAAUACCAAAUCCUUUUCCAAAUAUGAUGAUUCAACAGUACCUUCUGUCUCAGGCAUGGGUGAAUCUGGAGCAUCAGAAGGGUUUAUUCGAGGGAGGUCUUACAACAUCAGACUAGAUGACCAAGUGCUUCUAAGGUUUUCUCCAAAAAAUUCUGAGUCGACAUAUUACUUCAGUGAUAUGAUAGGUGGAACCCUGACCUUUUUUCAUGAAGAGGGUUCUAGAAGAUGCCUUGAGCUUUUAAUAACACUGGAGAUGACCGAGACUAUAAGCCGACGUUUUGUACAUCCUUCACGGAGACAUGCUCCUUCUAUUACCAAGGUUCAUAGUGAUCAUCAUGAAGUGGUUGCUGAUUUAAUUCAGACAAGCUUUAUUUUUUCCAUUCCGAUGGAUGGUCCUAUGUCUUUUUCCACUCAUUAUGUCUCCGUACAAUGGGCUCUUCGAUUUGAAUUCUUUACCACUCCCAAGAAUGUUGACUGGUCAAGAUAUGAGCAUCCUCUUUUGGUAGAGGGUAGAGAGAAGUGUGAGUGGGUACUUCCAAUAACUGUGCAUGCACCUCCAGGAGGAGCUGCUGCAGCUCAGACACGAAAUGACAAGUCAUUCUCUUUGGAACCCCUAUGGGUCCACACAUAAAAGGUAUAGACAUUGCUAGACGUCAAAAUGCAUAGCUCCACAACUGUUGAGAGAAAGCCACCCCUGGUUCUGAUGUCAGAAGAGUGAAUGGUGAUUGAGAUUCAGUAUUAUUGUAUUUUAUUCAUCAGUAGAUAUUUCCCAAUUCCAAUUUUUGGCAUGUUGUUCGUUCUAUUUCAUAUCAUUUUGAUGUGAUUAGAAAUACUGUUUUAACUUUUUUAUUUUCUUUUGAUGAUAUUCUUAGAGGAUAUUGUUCCGGGAAUCUUUACGUUAAAUGUCAUUAUGUAUAUGAUUAGAAGAGUCCAGUGAGGUAGGAUUUUAUUGGAAAUACCAUGCAAAUUAUAUUAUAAUUUGUAAUUCAUGGAUUAGCAUGUGAUGUUUGAGAAUUUACUAUUGCUUUAAA